CUAAGGUGCCACAAGUACUCCUGUUCUUCUUUUUGCGGAUACAGACUAACACGGCUGUUACUCUGAAACUUGUCAAACUCCUGAGAAAUCCCAGCCCCUCCUGCAGCUAAUGAACUCACUGCCCCACACCUGCCUGUCCCCUCCCCGCCCUCUUGCCCACCCCCCCAUCUACAGGCUCUGAUUUCCUGCUCUCUCUCUCUUCCCCGUUGCUGACCUGCUGGGCUCUGGUUCCGGUGCGGCUCAGGGGGUAAGUCGGGGCAGGUGGACCUUGCUGCUCCCACAGAGGCUCGGGGCGGGGGGUGUUGGGGUUGCUGCAGGUUGGUUGAGCCCUGGUCCCUGGUGGGAGCCCCGAUGCCCAGCAGGGAGCCCAGAGGGUCUGGAUGGGAGCUCAGCCCAGCCCUGAGGGCAGUAGCAGAGCAGUCCAGCCAGCAGCCCAGUUUGUAGGGAGAAGGGGGCCCGAGGCCCGAAGAACAGCUCCCUCCAGGGGUUUCCAAAUCCAGAUGUUUGGUGGCUGAGUUUCCUGCCCCAAAUGGAAGGUUUUAGCUGCCCUCCCCCUCGCUGGACCAACACCGCGCUGGCUCCGGGGGCCCCAUGCGAUGCUUCUAACAUGUCUCCUUCUCUGCCCCGUCCCUGUCGCCCAUCCCUACUGGCGCCGUCUCCUGCCUCCGCUGCCCGUCCCUGCUGUCACCGGCGCCCAUCUCCGCUGCCCGUCCCUGUCGCCCGUCCCUGCUGGCACCGGCACUCAUCUCCGCUGCCCGUCCCCGCUGCCCGUCUCCGCUGCCCGUCCCUGUCGCCCGUCCCUGCUGGCGCCGUCUCCGCUGCCCGUCCCUGCUGGCGCCGUCUCCUGCCUCCGCUGCCCGUCCCUGCUGGCACCGGCACUCAUCUCCGCUGCCCGUCCCUGCUGGCACCGUCUCCCGUCCCCGCUGGCGCCGGCGCCCAUCUCGGCUGGGAGCAGUUUACAGCGCUGCACUGGGCGGCCAAGCACGGCAAGGAGGACUUGGUCUCGCUGCUGGUGGCUGCUGGAGCCGAUGUGAACACGCGCUCGCUCCCCAUGCUCGGACCCAGCACGGCUACACCCCACUACACAUUGCUGCUCUGCAUGGACACCACCAGGUCAUGGACCUGCUCGUCCGCAGCUACGGUGCCAAGCAGAACGUGCGGGAUCACAGUGGGCACCUGGCCAGACACUACCUGGGAGCAGAGAAGCCGCUGGACAGAGUUGCCACGCUGCCCCGUGACGGCUGUUUACAACCUCCAGCCCCUGCUCCUGCCCGGCCCCGUGCUGUGUGCCCCCUGCUUCGGCCAGGGCCUGCCCGCGGAGCUGUCCCGAGCCAGGGCGGCCACCUCCCGGGAGAGCACCAGCGCCCUGAAGGCCUGGCUGGGCCAGCACUUGAGGAACCCCUACCCCAGCAAGGGCGAGAAAGUCAUGCUAGCCAUCAUCAGCAAGAUGAGCCUCCCCCAGGUCUCCACGUGGUUCGCCAACGCCCGCCGGCGCCUCAGGAAGGAGAAGCGUCUGCGUUGGGCCCCCCGCAGCAAGUGGGACAGAGAUGCCAGCGAGGGCGAGGCGGAGUGCGAGCAACAGCAGGGCGAGGGGCCGGGUGGCAGCCCCAAGGGGGUCAGCCCUGGCCCCUGUCUGGAGUCAGAGCACCAGCGGCCAAGCCCCAAGCCCAACGCUGCUGGGCUGACACCGGAGACGCAGCCCCAGCAGCCCAAGCGCUGGUGUCUGGCUGAGACCGCGACAUGCCCCCGGCAGGAGCAGAGCUCCUGCCUGCGGCUGGAGGUGGCACCCCCCGGCUGGGGCCUUGGGGCGCCAGGGGGAGCCACGUACGUCCUAUCCCCACAGCUCAGCCUGGCCCUUCCCUGGCGCACCGAGAGCCACCGGACGCCCCCGCUGUGACGGCAGGGCCCAGGCAGCAACGGGCCUGGGACUCACAGCGGGGAGCGGGGGGCUCUGCCCACGGGGACCAGGCUGUGGAGAGGCCCUCCCAGGUGUUAGAUUUGGGGGAGGCUCUAGGGUAAAGAGUGAGUCUGUGGGGCAACAAGGGCCUGGGGGCUGGUUCCUUGCGUGGCUCCCAGAAGCCAAUAAGAUAUGUCGGGGGAG